AAUUCUUUUCGCUUGUAUUUCGCAUAGCUACAUUUUCUAUCGUCUUCUUGUCGACUUAAACCGUUGAGAAUCAAUCUAGAUUUUGAUAAAAAUUGAAUUUGCAUUCAUAAGUAAUAUAAUUAUAACGACAAGGCUAUCUUGAUUGAAGUGCGAAAUAUCGGUUAUUAGAGGACAUAGAUAAAAAUAUUAUCAGAGACAACAAAGUUUAUAAAAGGUUUUAAUCUCGAUAGUCAAGUCUGCGUCUUCACGCCAGUUAUGACUAAAAAAAUGAAGAUGAAGCGAGAAAAUAACGACGAUGGCCCACAUGCUGAUAAGCGUAGUCGACGCAAUGAUGACCAAAUACGUAUCCUCAUACCUAGUAAUAUUGCUGGUGCCGUCAUUGGCAAAGGGGGACAGCAUAUUCAAAAAAUGCGCACUCAGUAUAAAGCCACUGUAUCUGUCGACGAUUCUCAAGGCCCCGAACGCACCAUAUUGAUAUCAUCUGAUCUUGAGGCAACACUGCAAAUUGUAACGGAGAUGUUAAAAUAUUUCGAAGAGCGCGAUGAUGAGGUCGACGUGCGCCUACUUAUUCAUCAAAGUCUUGCUGGAUGUAUUAUUGGCAAAGGUGGUCAAAAAAUUAAGGAAAUUCGAGAUAAAAUCGGAUGUCGUAUUUUGAAGGUAUUCUCGAAUGUUGCCCCACAAAGCACAGACCGAGUAGUACAGACCGUCGGAAAACAAUCGCAAGUGAUUGAAGCUAUAAGGGAGGUGAUUACGCUGACACGAGAGACUCCUAUUAAGGGUCCAGUACACAAUUAUGAUCCCACCAAUUUCGAUCGUAUGUACGCGGAUGCAUAUGGUGGAUAUGGAUCCGGCGGUGGCGGUGGCGGCAACGGCGGUGGUAACAACCGUCAAUCACGUGGUGGUCGCGGUGGUGGCGGCGGCGGAGGUGGGGGUAUGGGUAAUGGAGGUGGCGGCAAUUUUGGCAACGAUCGCGGAGGACGCAAUGACCGUAGCCGCAGUGGUGGCCGCCGUGACAACCCAUUUAUUAAUCCAUGGGCUAAUGAUGAUGGUUUCGGAAACAAUAACGGUGGUGGUAAUUUCGGCGGCGGUAACUUUGGUGGUGGCUUCGGUGGAGGAAAUUUCGGUGGUAAUGGCGGUGGAGGAUUUGGAGGAAAUAACGGUCCAUCCGGUGGCAAUUUCGGCGGCAAUGGCGGUGGGUUUGGUCCGGGAAAUCAAGGCAACUUCGGUGGUGGUAACCCGGGAGGUGGUUUCGGUGGCAACCAAAUGAGUAGUGGUGGAAACUUCGGAGGUGGGAUGAAUCAAGGCGGCGGAUUUGGUGGACCAAUCAAUAAUAAUGGCAUGGGAUCUGUUGGUGGUGGUAUGGGAUCUGGCGGUGCUGGAGGCUUCGGGCCUGGCCCAAACAAUAAUGGGCCUAAUGGUGGCAAUUCAGGAAAUCUUCCAAAUGGCCAUGAUCCCAAAAACAGUACGCAAGUUACAAUUCCAAAAGAUUUGGCUGGUGCUAUCAUUGGAAAGGGAGGUGGCCGCAUCCGACGCAUUCGCAAUGAGUCUGGUGCCUAUAUCACAAUUGAUGAACCAUUACCCGGAUCAACCGAUCGUAUUAUUACCAUUUCCGGUAACCCAAAACAAAUCCAAAUGGCUCAGUAUCUUUUACAACAGAGGUUGGUGUCCAACACAUCCUAAAAUGUGCACGAGAACAACAACGGCAGGCGUAACUUCUAAACCAGAUGCCGUCGAGAUAGGGCCAACAACACGGCGCCUGCAUAUAUACCAUAUAUACGCAAAAAUUUAAUUCUAAGACUUACAAGCUCCUUAAAUUUCAUUAACUGUAGAAAUUAUUUGAAUAUAUGUAUACCGCAAUAUUCGUUUUUAAUUGGAACUAAACGAACAAUUAAAAAGACCAAAUAAGCCAAUAACACUUAUUUAUGUAUGAAAAUAAGAGUUGUCGACCUUUUUUUUUUUAUAAAUUCCCACCAGUAAUUUUCUUGAUUAUUAUCGUAACAGCUAAUACUAAGUAAAUUCCAAAUGAAUGGAAGUAUCAAGAAUAUGCAUAAUUGUAAAAUAUGCAGUCCUGCCGAAUAGGGUGCCUCAAUUAAAUCAUUAUUCAAACGGUAAUUGGGCCAUUUUAAUCGCUUCGAACUGGAUCUUGUUACUUGAAUACUUGUAACGAAAAUAAUACUUAUUACUUGCAAUCUUCGCCUGUGAAGAGCAUUACUUCAAUACAUGCAAGAUCUAGUAUGGUCCGAUAAAGUUAAGAUUAUAUAUUUUGUUCUUCCUAACUUCUGACGAAUACCACUGAGGUUGGUACGGACUGGCAUUGAUACACAAUAUUUUUGACAAGAUUGUGAAAAUAGAAGAACUAUACCAAAUAGAUUAAACACUAACUGCACUAGUUGUAUGGGCUACUAAAAUUAAAGAGGAGUUUACGUAGUUAUUAGCAGUUUCAUUUGUCGAAACAUGUGCGUAAAACCAACAAUUUACUAACAAUAUUAUAAAAUAUUAUUUGUAACGCUUUGGUCUGCUAUUUUUCUUAUGGCUAUUUUAUUAAGUAUAUAGGAUUUAAAUUCUAUGCGCAUAAAGCGGAUUCUGUAAGAUUGUAAAAUCAUAUAAUAAAGAUACACACAUAAAUAAGUAAA